UGGCCAGUAGUGUUCACCAUGGUCCGAGCAUUACUUUACUUGCUCCCCUUUAUCGCCCUCUCCUUGCCCCUCCACACGUCCUGUGUAGACUACCAGGAGCUGGGAGCCUUCCCCGUGGCUUUCCCGGCUUUCUCUACCCUGGUGCGGGCCGAGGGAAGACCGCUUCCGUCUGACCAUGUGUACGAUCUGUUUCUGUCGUCGUUUAGCGUUGCGCCGGACGCGACUGACCAUGUGUGGGGGGUUCAAGAUGUGGGGAGGACGAUCAACGAGCCAGGGGAGAUACAGCCUACUCUGAUCAGUGACGUUUUUGCCUGGCCAAACGAAGUCAGCAUAGUACCGGAGACAGUGUUUGCUGAAUCAGGAGUGGUUUGCGUCUGUUCCGGCCGCCUCCCGCCCAAGAACAAUGGUUCCGUGGCGCUGAUAGCAGGCUGGCCGGGUAAUGUAGGCGAUGCCGUGCUGAUCUCAGGCACCCCCCAGGGACAGCCGUGGUCCUACACCCGAGCGCCACAGUGGGUUGACAUGAAUGGCGAUGGCCGACUGGACGCCGUGCUGGCGAGAUUGUCGUUUGUUCUAAGUCCUCCUCCAAUUCCUCCGACAACACAGGGUGAGCUAGUUUGGUUUGAGCAACCAGUGUCCAGUGGGCUGCAGACUCCAAACUGGGCAUCCCAUGUGGUCAUCCAGGGUCCGGAAUUCGGGUCCUUGGCUGUCCGACUGACCAUCACAGGAGGUGACGAGAAGCAGGCGUUCCUCUGUCCGGAGUAUUUUGGCAGGAGAUUUCGUAUCGUCUGGACAGAAGACUCCGGUGACAUCUGGACAGACCCGACCCUGAUCAGGACUGCGACCAUUGAUGACGAUAUCGAGCGGUACUUCGACGUCCAGUUGACUGAUGUGAACGGGGAUGGAAAAGACGACUUGCUGGUGGUGACAAGUAGCCAGCUGACUUCAGCAAUGGGUCGGAAACCAAACGGAACCGUCCGAGUGUACGAAAUCCCCGAGGAUUUCCGCAGUGGCACCUGGGAACGACACGUAAUCGCCAGUGGGUUCUCUGUCCCAGGAAGUAUGACGAUGGGUAAAGGAACGCCAGGGUCGGCCGUACUGCUCAAGCGUGAUUCGAAUAAGCCGACCAUCCUGCUGUCUGGGGACGACGACAGGCAUGCGUACCUUCUCGUUCCCAGUACUGACGACCCUGCAGACUGGUCCUACGACAAACGCCCCCUGUUGGCGAGUACGGGAAUUGUAGGCGGCGUCUCGGCUGCAGACAUAGACGGUGAUGGCAAUAUCGAGGCCUUCAUUCCUGCGUAUGGUGAGGACAAGGUUCACGUCUUCCGGUUCGCUGAUGCUGCAAACGGAAGUGACGUGAGAAUGGUGAACUCUGGGACUGUGGGCCUGCUAUCGCCAGUAUCGGUCAUUGUAGCCUGGCUGGUGCACUAUGGGUAGUUGUGUAAACAUUACCACGUGUACUAUUCCGUGAAUGUUGUGACGUAGUUGUCCAUCUCGUACGCAUCAUGCACGAUGAGGUAGUGAAAAUCAGAACAGAUUUCUGUUUUUCCCACUCUGUUAACAGUUUAAUGCUUGGAACUGAUGUAAGGAUGUGUAGUUAACAUGUAACUACUUUUUCGUCCACUUUGUUGAUACACUUGUGCAUGUACGAUGCAUUAUCUGCAUAAGUACAAUAUAAUAUCUAAUACAACAGUUUAACUGUAUCUGUUGGAUUGAAUCGUCCAAGAUCUUGAAAAUAAGAUUUGAAAAUCCCCACCUACCGACCCUAUUAUUUCAGCCCCGUUCCUGGAAACACAUUUUUCCUACGCCUUAGCACAUAAAAUGUUUUUAUCGUAAAAAGCUUAAUAUCAAUAAAAACUUUAUUAAAUGCA